AUGUCUGGCGGACGCAGCUGCGCACGUGUCUACCCAGGCGCCAACGAAAAGUUUGGCCGCCCGUGGUGGGACUACGACAACCUGGCGGUGCAGUGGGGCACGCAGGACAACUACGAGAUCCUUCGCAAGGUGGGUCGCGGCAAAUACUCGGAAGUCUUUGAAGGCGUCAACAUCGCCUCAGCAUCGGGCGUGCCCGAAAAGUGCAUCAUCAAGGUGCUGAAGCCGGUCAAKAAGAAGAAGAUCAAGCGUGAGAUCAAGAUCCUGCAAAACCUCGCCGGCGGCCCCAACGUGGUUGGUCUUCUGGAUGUGGUGCGCGAUCCGCAGAGCAAGACGCCGUCGAUCAUCACCGAGUACAUCAACAACACGGACUUCAAGAUCCUGUACCCCAAGUUCUCCGACUUCGACGUUAGGUUCUACAUCUUUGAGCUGCUCAAGGCGCUCGAUUUUUGCCACUCGCGGGGCAUCAUGCACCGCGACGUGAAGCCGCACAACGUCAUGAUCGACCACGAGAAGCGCAAGCUUCGCCUCAUCGACUGGGGUCUCGCCGAAUUCUACCACCCGUACACCGAGUACAACGUGCGCGUGGCCAGUCGAUACUUCAAGGGACCCGAGCUGCUAGUCGACUUCCAGGAGUACGACUACUCGCUCGACAUGUGGAGCCUGGGAUGCAUGUUUGCCAGUAUGAUCUUCAGGAAGGAGCCGUUCUUCCACGGCCACGACAACUACGACCAGCUGGUCAAGAUUUGCAAGGUGCUUGGUACCGACGAGCUGUACGCGUACCUGGAGAAGUACGACAUCGAUCUCGACCCGCAGUACGACGAUAUCCUGGGAAGAUACCAGCGAAAGCCGUGGAGCAGGUUCAUCACGUCCGAGAACCAGAGGUACAUCUCGAACGACGCCAUCGACUUCCUCGACAAGCUGCUGCGAUACGACCACCAGGAGAGGCUCACGGCCAAGGAGGCGCAGGAUCACCCGUACUUUGAGCCCGUGCGGGCUGCUGCGGCGCGCGGCGAGGUCGUGGCGAGCUAG